AUGAUUGCAGAAAACUACCUCUACACCCACAUUAUUAAAUCACUAGAGGUCUGCGUGAAAGUAAAACUUGGAUACUACUUGUUUGCUAGCUCCUUAGUUGGAGCCUCUCCAGCGAAGGCAAAAGUGGGAGUAGUCAUGUUCUAUCCGUGGGAUAGUGCCAAGCUUUUGGUAUAUCGAUAA